CUCUUGGAUCUGAAUAUGAAUAAAAAGUGCCAUCCACCUUGGUGCAAUUAACAGAAAAAUUUUGGCGCGGCAAAGGAAAACCGUAAAUCGUGGAAAAAAGUAUCGGAAUAUAGGUGUGAACGAAGGUGACAUCCUGUUAAACAACCCAUACUGUGAAGUAUCAAGAAAGGCAGAAGUCGUUAUGAAUGACACAUUAAUGAAGCAAAGCUCUACCGAGAGGGAAGACAACAUCAAGCUCGUUAAUCUACCUCACAGCUGGACUAUUCUCAUUAUGAUCAUUAUGUCCUUGGUUCUUGUUUUAACAAUCGUUGGAAAUGUUGCUGUUAUGAUUGUCCUUCGUUACUCAAGCGCUCUCAACUCCAUCGUUAACUCCUACUUUUUAGUGUCUCUGUCAAUUGCAGAUCUUCUUGUGGCCAUUCUUGUAAUGCCGUGCGCUUUGGACGCUGUAAACAGCGGUUGGUGGAGAUGUGGAAGAAUAUGGGGCAUUUGUAACGGGUUUGGAAACUUUCUUUUUUGCAUCUCAUCGAUCAUGCACCUAAUGAUGCUUUCGAUUGACCGAUACCUCGCAAUCGCUCGUCCACUGUUGUAUCCACUUGAAAUGACAAAGUCGCGCGCCAUUUGGUUGUGUUUUGUACUGUGGAUGUACUCUGCCGUUUGGGCUUUCUUGCCCUUAUUUGGGGUGAGCUCCUACGAGUGUUUCAUUAACUACAUUGGCACAUGUAAACCAGAGGACUGGUCCAGGUAUGGGUUAAACUUUGCUUUUGCAAUUUCCGUUGUUACAGGAACCUACGGACUAGCUUUAAUAACGAUGGUUUUUGUAUACUGGAAGAUUGCGCGGGUAAUCCGAAGUCAACUUCAACGUAUUGAGGUUGUUAGAAAUAACAACAAAAAGCAGACAGUUUAUAACAAAGAGGAUAAUACGACUGGGAAAUUUAAAAGAAGUAAAGGAGUGGUUACUUUAAUGAUAGUAACUUUAGUGUACCUCAUAUGCUGGUCACCAUUUUGUAUCUUGCUCUUCGUUGAGAUUGGAACUGGUCGAAAGGUCCAAGGACCGUAUGGCGCCGUAGCAAUGCUCGUUGGAUUUACGAACAGUUGCUGUAACCCUAUCAUCUAUUCCAUAAAAUACCGGAGAUUUAGGAGGGCUGUGUUAAGCAUGAUUGGCAAGACUGACUUCGUAUUGAAAUUUUCAGCUACUAAUAACGCUGGAAUGUCUUCCAUGGUUCAAGAGUAUACUGUCAAGAGAGUUCAAACCUUAGGAAGAAGAGAAUCAAGCGUUUAAAAAGUUAUAAAAGAGCAAGUUCAAGAUCAUUUUAAGAGCUCGACAUUCGAUAUUCAUAAAUUUUCAACGAUUAUUUUCUAAAUGUGACCCUCCACAGGAUUUCAGGGAAUAAGGUGAACGCACCCUCACGACAAAGAACGAGCUUUUAACACGUUAGCUGCGUUUUAUUUACUUGCCUCAUGAACUUCGCAGUCAUUGUCUUGUUUCGCACGGUAGGAACAAAGGAACGUGAUAAGAUCCUGCUCGCAACUUUGCACGAUAUAACACGAUGACCGUGCCAAUUUAAUAACCCGCCUCUUAAAGUUGAAUUUGCUUUUUAAUGAGUAAAUAAAUACAACAUAGAGGGGCUGUGUAACAGACUCGACGUUGUUUUCAUGCUACCUAUUGCUCAAAUAUUGACACAAAUAACUCAGAGAAGGCAAUUCCACUACAAGCAAUGAUUUUCA